AUGGCGUUGAGGGAACUGAUUGAAGAACUUUCUUCCAUUGACAAAACUACUCUUGCGGCUGUGGUUUUUGUUGGUUUGGUUACAUAUAGGGUGUAUUAUCACUACUCGGUCUACGUUGAUGUCGAAUCGGUCGGAGUACCACCAGGAAUCUUAGGACCCUGGAAAGCAGCCCUCCGACAUACCAAAGAGGCCGAUGCUCUCAUCAAGGAGGGAUACAAAAAAUACAGUAAAGAUGGGAAAUUCUUCAAGAUUGCUAGCAUCCCCCGGUACCUCGUCUUUCCAACCGAUCCAAAACAUUUGCAGGAGAUGAAUAGUGCACCCGAUCAUGUUCUUUCCUUUGGGGACGCUGGUGCGGAUAGGAUUUCCAUCGACUACACCAUGGAUCAUAGUUUUCGUACAGAAACAUAUCAUCUCAAAGUUAUCCAAGUCUACUUAACUCAAAGAUUGAGCAGCAUUCUGCCGGAAAUUAUUAGUGAAGUGACACUAGCUUGGCAGGAAAACACAAACAUUGGAGAUGAAUGGACCGAGGUCAACGUAUGGGAUAUUAUGUUAAAAGUUAUUUCAAGAACUAUUAACCGUAUGUACGUUGGCUUGCCAUUAUGCCGUAACCAAGAAUAUCUGGACAACCUUGUCGAAUAUGCUACAACAACGUCAAAGAGUGGUAUUAUCAUUGACAUGGCCCCUCGCAUCCUCAAACCUCUCGUUUCAUGGUAUAUUUUGGACAAGCCCAAAAAACUUAAGAAACUAAUGAAGUUUGUUGGACCAUUGUUUGAGGAGAGGAAAAAGAAGAUGAAGGAGCUUGGUGACAAGUGGACUGAUCGCCCAGAUGAUGCAAUCCAAUGGAUUUUGGACAGUGCACCACUUGGCGCUGACACUGAUACUGAGUCUUUGGUUAACCGAAUUCUAUUCUUGAAUUUCGCGGCUAUUCACACUACUUCGAUUUCUAUCACCCAAGCCCUAUACGACCUGGCAGUCCACACAGACCUCCACAACCCCCUCAAGGAUGAAAUCACCUCAGUUAUCGCUGAAGAAGGUGGCUGGACUAAACAAGGACUCACAAAAAUGAAGAAACUCGAUAGUGUUCUUAAGGAAUCUCAGCGCAUGAAUAAUGUCACUUCGAUUGCAAUGAUGCGCAAAGCUAUGGUCCCAUACACAUUCUCUGAUGGUACUUUCAUUCCCAAAGGCACUUGGCUCUGCGCUCCAGCCGCCGCCAUCCACAAACAAGAGGAAAUGCAAUACGACGGUUUCCGCUGGGAGCGUUUGCGAAAGGAGGAAGGCCAGGCAGCAAAGCACCAAAUGGUCAGCACAUCGGUAGAGUACUUGUCAUUUGGUCAUGGAAGGCAUGCAUGCCCAGGGCGAUUCUUUGCAGCAAACGAGCUGAAGAUUCUGGUGGCGUCCAUCAUCCUGAACUAUGAGUUCAAGUCGCCGACGGGGGAGAGACCCAAGAACGGUCACUUCGGUGUCUCGUGUGUUCCGGAUCGAGGGGUCAAUAUGUUGUUUAGGAAGAGGAAGGACGUUUAA